ACAAACAAAGAAAAAACACUUUUAAUUCAGCAAAUAAACAAAGACCCUCAGGACAUGACCGCCCGCUGCCACCUCUGCGCACAUGCCAGGGGGGGUCCAUCAGUCAGACUAGUCCUGCCGCUGCUAUAAGCAGACAGUCCGCCUUAUAAGGAGGCAGCUGUGCUCGGCUAAUACCCGGGUUACUCCGGGCAACGUAAACAUCUGCAGGCACAGACUGUACACUGCGCGGCAGAGGCGAGCGGGCGGCGCUAGGACCGCGGGAGGGACCCGGCCAUCGUCUCGCGGCCCCUUCACCAAAUAGGGAGAUUAAGUUUUUUAAGUGAAUCAGACCCCGGUCACUCCGGCCUCAUUAAUAUUCAUGAGCUCAUUAGCAUAGAGAAGUAAGGAGGAGCCUAGAGGAGGGGGGGAGUGAAAAAAAAAAAAAAAAAAAAAAAGAAGAGGAGGCAGGGUGGCCAUUUUUGCAGGGACUGACUCCAUGGAAAGUUUGCUGAAGUGAAGUUGGUAUUGACUGCUGUGUAUCCCGUCUAUCGCCCAGUGCCCAGCAUGAGUGCCAAGGAGUCGUCUACCCCCGUGGAGAAGUAUAAGCUGGUGGUGGUGGGAGGAGGAGGAGUGGGCAAAAGUGCCCUGACCAUCCAGUUUAUCCAGUCUUACUUCGUUUCUGACUAUGAUCCAACCAUUGAAGAUUCCUAUACGAAGAUAUGUUCCAUUGAUGGAAAGCAGACCCGACUGGAUAUUCUGGACACGGCCGGACAGGAGGAGUUUGGGGCGAUGAGGGAGCAGUACAUGCGCACAGGAGAAGGCUUCCUGCUGAUCUUUGCUAUUAAUGACCGGGGAAGCUUCAAUGAGAUCAGCAAGUUUCACACACAGAUCCUACGUGUCAAGGACAGAGAUGAGUUCCCCAUGAUUCUGGUUGGCAAUAAGGCAGAUUUGGAUCUUCAGAGACAGGUGACCAAGGAGGAAGCUCUCAGCUUUGCACGAGAGAAUCGGAUCCCGUAUAUGGAGGCCUCCGCCAAGAUCCGAUUAAAUGUAGACGAAUCUUUCCACGAACUGGUCAGGGCAAUCAGAAAAUUCCAAGAGAUGGAGUGCCCCCCGACCCCGGCUGUUAACCCUAAGAAGAAAGAGUCGAAAAGCUGCCCCUGUGUGAUCCUGUAACCUUGUGUCCCCAGCCGCCCAGAUGGCCUGAACAGAGAGACGCAGCAAUAGCUUGGGGAGGGCUUUGACCACUCAUGGAAAACCGGGCACUGUUCGUGCCGCCAGGCUGCACAUGAAUGGUCCUCUCUUCGGCUAACUCAUCAUGCCAACCCUGCAGCCACCUGGAGGUUGCAUCCGAAAGGCACAUCACAUGAUCUCGCUGCUGAUCCAGCCCCGCCGUGCUGGGGGGGCUCCUCUGUAGGCCAAACAACCCAUCCCCCCCCCUCCCCAAUCCCUCUGUGCAUCAGGGCAAGAUGCUUCAUUCUACUACAAAGAAAUGCAGUUUGCACACACUCCCCUCAUCUGUGCCAACACUUCAUUAUUUUUGUACGCUGGGAUCUGCAUGUAAAUAUAUAUUCUGUAUAUAUAUUUUAUAUAUAUAUAUAUUUUAUGUUCUCUUAUUUUAGUAUUCCAUGAGCUUUUAUGUACGCAGCCAGGGUGCGUACUGGAGAGACUAGUGCUGGAGAUUCUCCUAUAUGUUACCAGACCAUAUACCGGAAAGGCACGCUUACCCCUUCCCCCGCUCCGUAAGCUUUUUUUUUUUCUUCUUUUAUUAGUAAUGGAAGACUUGGUACUUUCUUUGUUCUUUUGCUUCUCCUAUGAUUAUAGCAAGGUGGGCUACACUACAAGAUGGCUUGCACCGAAACUGUGCUGAAUUUUUGCUGCUCCUUGCAAAGCUGUGAGUUGUUUCAUCUGCAUACACUACGCCAGUGGUCUGCACCCCGCAGCUGUUGUAGAACUGCAACAUCCAGCAUUACCUGCAGCUUGCAGACCACUGCACAACACUGAAUGACCUCAUUGUUACUGUAACCAGCUGCAUACAGUUAGUUUUCGUCUUACCACAAUGUUUUCCAACUAGGGUGCCUCCAGCUGUUGCAAAGCUACAACACCCAGCAUGCUCGGACAGCCGAAGGCUGUCCGAGCAUGCUAGGAGUUGUAGUUUUGCAACAGCUGGAGGCACGCUGGUUUGGAAACACGGUCUUACCAUGACUGGCAACUCUCCUUAUUAUUAAAACUGAUUUAGGAAUAAUUAGGGUUCACAUUUUCCAUGCAGUGAAAUGCAAUCUAUUGUUCCCUAUUAUCUGCCGUAUGUUUACACGGUGGAAUGUGUGUCCGGAAAAUUUCUGGCCCGACAAUCCCGCAGACAGCAGGACCGAUUGGAAAUGCGCCAUCUUCAUAGACGGCAGUGCAUUUACGAGCCAAAUCCGCAGAAAGAAUAGACAUGUCUGACGCCUAAAUCGGGAUUCCGCCAUUUGCACAGUGCAGCGGAAUCCCAUUGAAAUGAAUGGGACUCUGCUGCAGUGAAAUUUCUGAGCAGAAUAUUCCCGCGAAAUUCCUUUUGGAAAUUGAGCCAUGUGAACAAAGCCUAAGGCAUGGUUCACACAGCGGAAUUUCAAAGCGGAAUCCAGGGGGAAAAUUCAAAAAAAAAUUGGGAGAAUGGGAGAAUUUCCCUGCCGGAAAUAUCUGGCAUGGAAAUAAAAAUUCUGGAUUUAUUAGCUGACAGGUAUUAAGGUGGUCAUACAUCUUCAAGCUUCAGGAGAAGCCAAUGUGACCAAAAUGGCACUGAGCAGCUUGUAAUGUAUUGGAACACAUGCAAGCUGCAGCAGGAAAAUUUUUACUUUUGAUAAAAAAACUAAAAUUGUCAAUUCUUGCUGCGAAAUCUGCUCAAAUAUGCAUUGCGGUCAAUGAAGAUGGCGCAUUUGCAAGUGGUCCUAGCGCCAGCUUUCUCUGCAGGAACCCGCUGUCUGCAGAAUGUCCGCCAGAAAUUUUCCUGCUCGACAUUCCUUAAAAAUUCCCCCAUGUGAACAUUGCUCAAGACUGUCUGUAAAAAGGGAUAUCUGGGAGAAAGUAAAAUAAAAAAAAUCUCUGCCCCUCGACCACUAGUUUCUUGCGCAGCUCCUAUUCAGAGAUCUUCCAUGGGUGAAUGAUAGUUGCUUUUUCAUGAGUUUGAUUUUAGAUUUAGUGACCCCCCCCCCCCCCCCCACCCCUUUUAAGUUAAAAAGCUUAACUUGUUGUAUUUUGAGAUUUUUUAUUAUUUUUUCCAACAUUACUUGCCAAUGACAUGACGGUUAUCUUGCUUUCUUUUUUUCCCCCUUACCCUGAAGGGCCCUAAUUGAUCACCGAUUGCCGUAGUAAAAGAACAAAAGGUACAAUGUGAGAGGAACGGUAGAAUCCUUCUGUAAUAUAAAGGUAACACAUCUGUAAUACUUAAAGGCUAUAGACAACAUUGGAUCAUUAUUUACUGAACUUUUGUGCAGUAUUUUUGUGGUUAAACAAAAUUAUUAUUUUUUUUUUAUUAACAUUUUUCCUUCUGCAGCUUGCAUGUGUUCCAAUACAUUGCAAGCUGCUAAGUGCCAUUCAGUGCCAAUUUGGUCACAUUGGCUUCUCUGGAAGCUUAAAAUGGUCACACAUCUUCAAUACCUGUCAGCUAACAGCUAAUCCUCUGUACACACUGGCUUGGCUAAACGUUUGGGUUUUCAGUGAGGUGGGGAGAGAAAGUAUUGGUUGUUGAUAUCCAUUUUGCUUGAUCCUUCUGUUCACCAACAUUAUCCUUUGGGUGAGAGUCGGGAGGCCCCGUACACUUUUAGACCAGUGCUUCCCAGCCAGUGUUCCUCUAGCUGUGGCAAAACUACAACUCCCAGCAUGCCAUGCCCGGCCUUUGGUUGUCCGCGCAUGCUGGGAGUUGUAGUUUUGCAACAGCUAGAGGUACACUGGUUGGGGAAAACCCUGCAUUAGACAAUUGGCUCGACCCAUUAAUAUUGGAGGAAAGUGUCACUGAGGUGCUUGCAAUGUAUACACAUAUAUGCAAGCUGCAGAAGAAAAAUGAAAUUUUGAAAUGUAAAUUUUUUUAUUAACCACAAAAUAAAAUCCAAUGACAAUUGAUGACCAUAGCCUUUAAGAUUCCACAUGACUAAGGGCUCGUAUACAUCAGCAUAUUUCAUGUCCCUGCUCCCGUUCACAUAUAUUAGAAGGGGAAUAGGCUUGUGAUACGCUUCUAUCCAGUUCCCCCAGCACAGGGUCACUUCUUGGCUUAUUUGUGUCUUUAAUGUUGGAUUUAACUCUUAUUUAGUACCCACUUCAACCUAUUCCUAUUGCAAACAUCACACGAGGGGACCGGCGCACAGAGUUGAUGGUGCAGGAUUGCUGUCUGCACUACAGCCUCUUAAAGGGGUUGUCCAGUAUUACAAAACGGGGUUCUUGUUCGUGGGACGGUUUCGGUAUUGCAGCUCUAACCCAUUUCCUGUUAUUAAAAUUCUGGACGUUCCCUUUAAGGUUUAGAGGUAAAAUACACAACAGAUAGUAUGGCUUAUGUCCUGUAAUACAGGAUUAUUAUUAUUGUAGGACAAUGGGAUGGGGGACACGCCGAGAGCUUUACCGCGCGCAAUCGCUGUGGUAUGUCACCCCCAUAGGAAAGGUCGAAAUGAUCAGCAAAAUUGUAUGGGACUUGUCCCUGUCACUACUCUGCUUUACUAGCGCACCCCCUGAUGCUGACGACUGCCAUGAACAUCUUUUGUGUACCUCUCAGCCAUAAGACCGUGUUCAUUUUCUAUGUAUAUUGUUUACAAGUCAACAUAAGUAUAAUCACAUAUCCUUGUCUUCAGAACGUUCAUUAAAGUAAUGAUCU